AUGCUUCAUGAAGUGGGAGGAGGGACGACAGGAAGCGUGAUCGCAAGUCGGUUAACGGAGAACCCUCGGGUGAAGGUCCUGCUACUCGAGGCUGGGUCGGACGGAUCCCUGCUCUCCUGGAUCCCUGCAGCCGCUCCCUUGAUGUGGUGGUUCACCAAGUACGAUUACGCCUACUCCAGCGAGCCUCAGGAGGAUUCCUGCCUCGCAUUCGCAGGAGGGGUGAGUCCUGUCGCGGAGAAUUGCGAAGGAUAA